AUACCUAGUUUAAACAGUAUGUUUGCACUUAAGCACUUUAUAUGUUCAUAAUCCUGGUAAUCACAAGGACACAUGGAUCCAAGGAAUUGAUAGUAUUUGAGAAUCAGCUGCAAUAUCUUGUAAAAGGAGAAACAGGGUCGGUCGUCUUAUUCAGGUUUAUCCUAACAAUUAGCAGCAAGCCUUCCUUCCUCUAACCCAGCUAUGGAAGAUAACCCUGACGAUCUUACCAGAGAUUUUUGUCUCUUGACCUUUAGUAGAAGGUUGGGUUCCAGUGGAGUGGGGAGGCUUUCUCCCAUGAGAUAUACCUUGUCUCGUCAUUUUAUACUCAUUUAAGAGAGAGGCCUUUGUUACCUAAACUUGGCGAAUACACUCUGAACCCACAAAAUUAUUUCUGGACAGUCCCUCUUUUGCUAGUCUCAUAAGCUGUUUUGGUUUUGGGGGGAGUGAUAGGAAUCCUACAGACGUGAAAAGGCUUAGAUCUAGUACUAAAAUGCACAUAUGCUGUAGAUCUUGAUUUGGUGCUAGCCUAAUAUCUUCUAUAUACUCUGGAUAUGAGUUAUUUCAUAUACCUUUGAGAAAUACUCAGACACACUUGAGAAAAGACCAUAAGGCAGAAGUAUGUAGCCAGAAAGUAUCAGCUGACCUUUCAUUUCACUGUCAUUAAAAAGCUUUUAUAGAGGUUUGCAUUGUUUUCUCCAAAAGCAUUUGUUGUUUGAGUUGGUCAUUUUGACAGUUAACUGUCAGUUAUGACCUGCAUUUCCAGUCUCACCUUCAUUAUUUCUGUCUGGGUUUAAGUGCUUGAAGUGUAACUUACAAGUGUUUCUCUUAUACACAGGCAUUGAUCCUUUGCCAAUGAAUGGUUGAGAGAGGUGGGCAUGACUGAUUUCUAAUUGUGGUUUGAAAAGAGGUUGAUUUGAUGAACUGGAAAGUGUGGAACCUAUUCUAGUUGCUUCUGUUGCAAAGAAAGGUCUCUUCAGGCCACUGUGGGAAGUGGAUGGGAGGUUUGUUCUUGAUGCCCAGGGAGUAUCUUUGCCUGACAAGUCGAGUUCACACCAGAGUUGGGUAAGGAAGGCUGGGUUGAAAUUUAAACUUCUAUUGGUUGUCAGGACAGAGUUGAUGGAUUUUGUGUGUAUGUAUAUGUAUAUAUAUGUGUGUGUGUGUGUGUGUGUAUACAAAUACAUACAUGUAUGUAUUUGUAUAUAUAAAUAUAUGUAUAAAAUGGAGUGAAAAAGUGACACAAACAGAUCCUGGGUAGCGUUAGGAGAGCUAAAUCAGUAUGCACAUUAUUUACACAUAGAGCCAUAGGUUCAGAUUAUUCUCCGGUGUUUUAAGGAAAAUAUCUUUCUCCUAGGUUUCACAUCCUUUCUUUCUUUUUUUUUCCCCCCUCUUUCUUACCUGCCUCUUACGAUUGCCCAGAAGCCACUCUUCCAGAAGUGGAAGUGGGGAAGACCUAGAAAAAGGGGCGAAGGAGAAUGGAACAAGUAGCCAGCAGUCCUCGCUGCACCAGAGGAAGUGCUACCCCUGAGGGCAGCUGGGUUAAGACAGCGAGAAUUUUAAUAAUAAAGAUGAUUUUGGACCAAACCCAAACUCGUGCAGGGCAUAAAGAGAAAUAUUCAAAGGGAGCCCACAAUACUGGAAGCAAAGGGACACUGGAGGAAAGACCAGGAGCGCACAGUUUGCUUCUGGUCAGAGAUCCCCCUCAUGCUUCCAGGCUGAGGAAAAGGCCACCUUCCCAGUAGCAACACUAAAGAUACCAGUUAAAACUGAAGCUGGACUGAGGCCCUUUCUCAAAAGAGCAGACUUUCAGCUCAGUCUGAGUUUUUAUGUGGUUGAUAAGAUUUUUAAGUGGGGAAGAAAAAACUCGGUUCAGUGGUCAACGGUAUUCUUUCUCUCUCUCUUUUUUUUAAACAUCACCCACAUAAAUUCUCAGUCGGAAAGAUUACCUCCCCAUGUCGAAUGCAAGGAAGAAAUUUGUUAGUUAAUAGGUAUCUUUAAACCCAGCUGAAGUCUUAGCCCAUUAAAGAGUCCUUGGCGCUCUCCGUUCUUAAUAUGUGCGAGGAACGUGACCUCUGAUGGUAAGAUCAGUAGCCCGAAGAACCGAAUCGAUACUUUGGGCUCCUUUUUGAAUUUCAUUACAAUUCUUAUCAAGCACUUGGUUAUUUUUUUUUUUUCCUCCUGGCCAAGUGUAUUUCAGGAAUGUGCUUGUCUAGACCUAUGAUGGCUGAGGUUUCCUAGGUACAUCUUGUGACUUGAAUACAGAAUUUUGAUGAGAUCUGCACAGAGAGAUCAGGAAAUCUCUUCGCUAAAGUACUCAUUAGGUCUGGUUGACUAAGUAGAGCUGAUCCAGGAGCAGGCAAAUUGCUUCCGAGAGACUCAGUCCAGAAAAACAGCUCUGUAGCAGGCAGCUUUUGACACCACAGUAUAUUCUGGGUGGCUGCUCUGCAGUAACGCAGCCCUGUCUUUCUGGGCAGUGUUGUUAUUCCUGCUGCAUAAUUAGCAACUAGUGAGAUCAUAGUCUGGGGAGAUUCUGGCAUUACUGAGGCAAAGCAGGGAGGCUUCGUAUCGUCACAUGUGGCUCCGGCUCUGACAGCAUUUCUGUUUCGAGCAGGUUCAUAUUCUUGGGAACUUAGGUCCAAAGGUGGAGAAGGAGAGAGAUCUGUACCUGGGAAAUGGACUAUCCCUUGUGUGGCACGUUGAGAACACUGCCUGCCGUAUUGACUUUACCAGAGUCGAUUGUCACUUCUUUUGCUAUUUGUUUUCCCCUCGCUGGUUUCUUUACAGGGGGCUAAGAUUGUAAAGCUAAGUUUUCCUCGCACAGGGGAUGAUGGCAGACCAGCCGAGCCCUAUUUUAUGGAGAUAUAUGAGAUCGGAAAAGCUUCUGGGUUUCGAAGGCAGUGCAGAUUCUAAUCUUCAGUCCAUUCUUUACAACCACAUUUGAUCUUUGUAGGAGGCCGGUGAGAAUCUUCACCCUUGUGAAGAUCUAGAAUCCUAAUGCGCCUGGCUAACUGGUGGUGAGCAGGGGCUUUGGGGCCAACGCCGUGGGCUCCCCAAGGAAACCCCUUUGAAACCAAUGGAUGCAUUCACGGGCUCGGGUCUCAAGAGGAAGUUUGAUGAUGUGGAUGUGGGCUCAUCAGUUUCCAACUCCGAUGAUGAGAUCUCCAGCAGUGACAGUGCUGACAGCUGUGACAGUCUCAAUCCUCCUACAACUGCCAGCUUCACACCCACAUCCAUCCUCAAGCGGCAGAAGCAGCUGCGGAGGAAGAAUGUGCGCUUUGACCAGGUGACCGUUUACUACUUUGCCCGACGCCAAGGCUUCACGAGUGUGCCCAGCCAGGGUGGGAGCUCUCUGGGCAUGGCCCAGCGCCAUAACUCCGUGCGCAGCUACACGCUCUGUGAGUUUGCUCAGGAGCAGGAGGUGAACCAUCGGGAGAUUCUUCGUGAACACCUGAAGGAGGAGAAGCUCCAUGCCAAGAAGAUGAAGCUGACCAAGAAUGGGACGGUGGAGUCAGUGGAGGCCGACGGCCUGACCCUGGAUGAUGUUUCAGAUGAAGAUAUUGACGUGGAAAACGUGGAGGUGGAUGAUUACUUCUUCCUGCAGCCCCUGCCCACCAAGCGGCGCCGAGCCUUGCUGAGGGCUUCGGGGGUCCACCGCAUCGAUGCCGAAGAGAAACAGGAGCUUAGAGCCAUCCGCCUGUCACGGGAAGAGUGUGGUUGCGACUGUCGCCUGUACUGUGACCCAGAAGCCUGUGCCUGUAGUCAGGCUGGGAUUAAAUGCCAGGUGGAUCGCAUGUCCUUUCCGUGCGGUUGUUCCCGGGAUGGCUGCGGGAACAUGGCGGGGCGCAUUGAAUUUAAUCCGAUCCGGGUCCGGACUCAUUACCUCCACACCAUCAUGAAGCUGGAGCUGGAGAGCAAGCGGCAGGUGAGCCGCCCGCCAGCCCCGGACGAGGAGCCCUCACCCGCCGCCGGUUGCAGCCUGACGGGAGCCCAGGGCUCCGAGACACAGGACUUCCAGGAGUUCAUUGCUGAGAACGAGACGGCGGUCAUGCACCUGCAGAGUGCAGAGGAACUGGAGCGGCUCAAGGCAGAGGAAGACUCCAGCGGCUCUAGCGCCAGCCUGGACUCCAGCAUCGAGAGCCUGGGCGUGUGCAUCCUGGAGGAGCCGCUGGCCGUGCCCGAAGAGCUGUGCCCGGGCCUCACAGCCCCCAUCCUCAUCCAGGCUCAGCUGCCCCCGGGCUCCUCGGUCCUGUGUUUCGCCGAGAACUCAGACCACCCGGCCGCCUCGGCAGUGAACAGCCCGUCCUACUUGAACGGUGGGCCCCUGGUCUACUAUCAGGUGGAGCAGAGGCCAGUCCUGGGGGUGAAAGGAGAGCCUAGCGCGGAAGAAGUCCCGCCUUCUUUCCCCAAGGAGAAGGAUCUGAACGUCUUCUCUCUCCCGGUUACCUCACUGGUGGCUUGUAGCCCCACAGACCCAGCUGCCCUGUGUAAGUCAGAAGUGGGGAAAGCGUCCACCCUAGAGGCGCUAGUGCCCGAAGGCUGUAACCCUGACGAGCCUGAGAGCGAAGACUUCCGCCCCUCUUGGUCCCCCUCGAGCCUCCCCUUCCGCACGGACCAUGAAGAGGGCCGUGUGGUGGAGAAAACCUCACAGCAGAGUGAGGACAGGCCCCCCGAAGAUUCUUCCCUAGAACUCCCUCUGGCAGUGUGACCCGGGGAUGGAGAUUCUGCCUCUGACCCAUUCUCUAUUUAUUCCCUUAUUUUAUCUAACACCGUUUCAAAACAAAACUGUAGAAGCAGC